AUGACGACCAAUUCCAAUACUGAUAAAUAUGUUCGAUGGAUUGAAAAAGGCAUUGCUGAAGGUUCUGGAGGAUUCAGUAUAGUAUAUCGUGCCACUUGGGAAUGUCGAGAUAUUGUUGUUGCUCUAAAAUCUUUUAAAAACGAUAAUUAUGAUGUUAUGAAAGAAAUUGUUAAUGAGAUUAAAUCAUUACGUAAAGUUAAUCAUCAUAAAAAUAUUAUUCAAUUUUUUGAUAUCACUAAAAGAAUGCAUAAUGAAGAUGAUGCAUUUUCAGAUUAUUUACUUGUUCUUGAAUAUGCUGAUAACGGUACAUUGAGGAAUUAUUUAAAAAAUAAUUUUUAUGGAUUAGAUUGGAAUUUUAAAUUACAAUUUGCCAUUCAAAUUGCUAAUGCAGUCUCUUAUAUACAUAAAAAGGAUAUUAUUCAUCGUGACUUACAUUCCAAUAAUAUAUUAGUUCAUCAAAAUACAAUUAAAUUGUCAGAUUUUGGACUUUCACGUAAGAUAGCAGAAGUAUCAUCAAAUAAAAAAAAUGUUAUCGGAAUGCUUCCUUAUAUUGAUCCACAAUAUUUUAAUGAGCAAACAGAUAGUAGUGACUGUUACUAUAAAGCAAAUAAGAAAUCAGAUGUAUACAGUGUUGGUGUACUCCUGUGGGAGAUAUCAUCUGGGAGAAUACCAUUCGAGUCUUAUAGUGAGAGCUAUCAAAGUCCAUCAUUAAUGUUGGAAAUUCUGAACGGAAAAAGAGAGAUGCCAAUUUCUGGUACACCAGUUGGUUAUGUUGAUAUUUAUAGAAAAUGUUGGCAAAAUAACCCAGAUGAUAGACCAGUUAUGCAACAAGUGCUAUCUAACCUAAGAUCAAUUAAUUUGAAUACUGCAGAAGAAAGUGAAGAAUGUGAUAAAAUUAAUGAAAUGCAAAUUGACGAAGAGUUAACAGCAACCAAUGUUGAUAAUGAAAUUAUUGUAAAUGAAUUGUAUGAUAUCAUUGAGAAAGGAUCUUAUGCUCAGCCGAUCAGAGAACAUAUAAUAUCAAGAGGCAAAAAUGAGAAUGAAAUAUUCAAUUAUUUGUCAGACAAUAAGGAUAAUUUACAAAAUGUUCUUAUUUUAGCAAUUUUUUAUAACUAUGAAAUUGGUACUAAUAAAAAUGAAAUUAAAGCUUUUGAGUUAUAUAAAGAAGCAGCUGAAUAUGAUAUUGUAGCAAUAAAUAGGCUUGGACAUUGCUAUCAAGAAGGAAUAGGAACUAAAAAAGACGAAAGUAAAGCAUUUGAAUUAUAUGAAGAAGCUACUAAAAAAGGGCAUAUUAAUUCAAUAAAUGAUCUUGGAUAUUGUUACCAAGAAGGAAUAGGAACCGAAAAAAAUGAAUACAAAGCAUUUGGAUUAUUUAAAGAAGCAGUUGAAAAAGGUGAUAUUAGUUCUAUGAGAAAUCUUGGAGAUUGCUAUAGAAUGGGAAUAGGAACUAUAAAAAAUGAAAUUAAAGCAUUUGAAUUAUAUGAAGAAGCAGCUGAAAAUAAUGAUAUUGACGCAAUAUUUAUCCUUGGGGGAUGUUAUCAGUGUGGAAUGGGAACCGAAAACAAUAAAAUUAGAGCGUUUAAAUUAUAUAAAAAAGCAGCUGACAGAGAUCAUAUUCCUUCAAUAAUUAUGCUUGCAAGAUGUUAUCAAGAAGGAAUAGGGGCUGAAAAGAAUGAAAUCGAAGCAUUUGAAUUAUAUAAUAAAGCAGCUAAAAAAAAUUAUUUAUAUUCGAUGGAUAAGCUUGGAUAUUGUUAUCAACAUGGAAUAGG